UUUCUGCCUCCGGUCUCUGCCCCGCUGCGCUCGUGAUGUUGGUCCAGUUCGCUCCGCUGCGGCUGCCGCUGCGGCGCCGCCUCCAAACCGCCGCGGUUCUGCAGUGGGUCUUUUCCUUCCUGGCGCUGGCGCAAUGCUGCCUGGUCUUGUUCCUCCUCCUGCUCCUGGGAGACGGCUGGGUGCUGGCUGUCCUCUACGCCGCCUGGCUGUACCUGGACUGGGACACCCCCGCCAGAGGGGGCCGCCGCUCCAACUGGGUGCGCAACUGGUCCGUGUGGUGCUACUUCCGAGACUACUUCCCCAUGACGCUGGUGAAGACGGUGGAGCUGGACCCCUCCCGCAACUACCUCUUUGGCUUCCACCCCCACGGAGUGCUGGUGGCUGGCGCCUUCGGGAACUUUUGCACGGAGGGCACCGGCUUCUCGGCCCUCUUCCCAGGACUCACCCCACACCUGCUGAUGCUGCCCUUCUGGUUCAAGGUGCCCUUCUUCCGAGACUACAUCAUGAGCGGCGGGCUGGUUUCCUCAGACAAGAGCAGCGCUGCCUACCUCCUUGGCCACGAAGGCGGGGGCCAGGUGGCCGUGAUCGCUGUUGGGGGGCCUCCCGAGUCGCUUGACGCCCGACCCGGGGCUCUGACCCUCCAGCUUCUCCACCGCAAGGGCUUCAUCAAGAUGGCCUUGCAGCAUGGAGCUGCCCUGGUCCCCGUCUUCUCCUUCGGGGAGAACGAGCUCUUCAACCAAGUCUCCAACCCCCAGGGCUCCUUCAUCCGGGCAAUGCAAGAACGGCUCCAGAAGGCCAUGGGGCUGGCACUGCCCCUCUUCCACGCCCGGGGGGUCUUCCAGUACAACUUUGGGCUCCUGCCGUUCCGGAGGCCCAUCUACACCGUCGUGGGGGCCCCAAUCCUCGUGCCCAAGACCCCUCACCCGUCCCCGGAGGCCAUCGACGAGCUGCACAAAACGUACCUGGAGAAGCUCAACCUGCUCUUUGAGGAACACAAGGCCGGGUACGGCCUCCCCGAAGACAAGCACCUCAACAUCGUCUAAGGGGGGGCAAACUCACGGACACCCCCCGAAAGAAAUCCCCUGUGGGGAGAAGAGGGGCACCUAUUUUCUGGACUGUGUGAAGGGGCUUCUGGCAAAGGAGACGAGGAACGAUUCCAUAUUGAGGGGGGGAUGUGUGUCCCCCAGUCGGAGGAAGUGGGGGGCACCCUGAUUUUCGACCUGCGAAGGAUUCCAGGGAAGGAGGUGGAGGGGGGUGGGUGGUGUGCACUCAAAUGAGGGCAGGGGGGGGACAGCUGGCACAUAGGCUCCUUGCAUGGAUAAUGGCUGCUUUUAUGAAAGCUGUAUAUUUGCCUCUUGGGGGGGUCGUUCCCUGUUCUGUGCCUGCCUGAACCAAGGGGGAUGUGGGUUGGCCCCUCCAUGUAUGAAAUGCUCCUUCAGCAUCUAAGCAGUUGACC